AUGGCAACUCAGGUAUACGUAAAAGCUGCAUUUAUUCUGCUGGGCUUCGCAUGGCUCAUUUCCGCAGCUCCAACCGGCACCACUGUAGAGCCAUCGCCUACCUCUCUUCUCGGCUACAACUCCGCCAAUGGUGUGGUCAACGAGGACACGGCCAACAUCCAGUACUCUCUUUUACCUGGCCAGACUGAAGCCGCAACUGUUGGCGACUACCUUGACUUCAACAAUGUCAAGAAUCCGCAACCCAUUCGCGGCAGCAAAGGUGGAACCGACCCCGGCCCGAGGACAGAAGAAUACGACAUCUUGAACCCAGACAAACUUGCGCCACCAGGAACCGACCAUGGAUCUGUUGCUAAUGCCGAGUGGCCAUUAGGCCUGAGUCACAUGAAGCUCGGUCUUGACAGAGCGGGGUGGUCGCGGCAGCAGAACAUUGAUAACAUUCCUGCGGCGACUGAUAUGGCGGGAGUGGACAUGAGACUUGAGGAGGGUGCUUAUCGCGAGCUACAUUGGCAUAAGGCUGCCGAGUGGUCGUAUAUCUUGAAGGGAAGUGUGAGAGUCGAAGCUGUGAAUGAGGAGGGACAGACAUUCGUAGAUGAUCUGAGUGCGGGCGAUGUUUGGUACUUUCCUCCAGGUAUCCCGCAUUCCUUGCAGGGUCUGGAAGGGGGUGUUGAGUUCCUUCUUGUUUUUGAUGACGGGGAUUUCAGCGAGGACAAUACGUUUCUGGCCUCUGAAGUGUUCGCACAUAACCCGAAGACAAACAGAAAGCUCUCCUCAGUAAAAACUUCGGUGUGUGAAUACCCGCCUGGAUUCUUUGAUGUCUUCAGAUUAUCGACUCCUAAGAUUUUCGUCCGAGCCAGAACUCAAAACAAUCCCAAAUCCAGAGACUGGGCCAAUGGCAAAGCUAACUUUGAUAAAGGUGGACUUCCUCUCUCCGCAUGGGACAAAAUCCCGGCUGGGGAGCUUUUCAUAUUCCCGGGUACUCCAGCGCCAACAGACAUCGCUGAGCAAAAUAUCGUGGGCUCAGCGGGCAUCGUACCCGUCGAGAACUCGUACACUUACCAUCUCUCCAAGGAAGCCCCCACGAUCACGACCGAGGGAGGCAGUGUCAAGAUCGUCGACCCCAAGACUUUCCCUCUGGCAGAGAAGUUCUCGGCUGCGAUCGUCACCGUGAAGCCUGGCGCGGUCCGUGAAAUCCACUGGCACACUACUUCUGAUGAAUGGAACUUCUUCGUAUCUGGGAGCGCCCGGAUUGGAAUAUUUGCUGCUCAAGGAAACGCCCGGACCUUCGAUUACCAUGCUGGUGACUGCGGAUAUAUUCCUCGAGCCAUGACUCACUAUGUCGAGAACAUCGGCAAGGAUGAUGUGGUAUUCAUUGAAGUGCUGCAAGCUGAUCACUUCUCCGAUAUCAGCGUUGGUCAAUGGGUCGGGCUCACCCCCCCUCAGAUCAUCAUGGAUACCCUGAACUUGACCAACUCGACUGUCUCGAAGUUCAAGAAGGAGAAGCAGUAUAUCGUACAGGGUUAA